AUGAUUAAAGAUAACAAAGAAAAUAUUCCACUCAUGGGCAAGAAAACAAAUACAUCAGGUCCUCCCACUACAAACCACCAGGAGAAAAAGCCGACUGAAAACACUCCCACAAAGAAAAGUUCACAGUUUUUCUUUGAAAUUGAAGGCUUUGAAAGCAAUUCAUCUCCAAGACAGACAUCUCCUCCUGUAUUUUCAAAACCCAUGGAUUCAAAUAUUCGCCCAUGUGCAUCUGGAAAUGGGGAAGAUAUGGAUUCCCCACAAUCUCUUCAGGAUGAUAUUACUGAGUAUGCCACAAACAUAGACAGUUAUUGUACAAACAUUUUGCAAGAAGGUCACCAGAACAAUGCCCGAAAAAAGCUGAAGAAGUAUACGUUUAGGGCAGUAUCUGAGGGAAAUAUAGAAGAAUUACAGUGUCUGCUUAUGGAAGUGAAGGAAAGGUCAAAUGCAUGUAGAAACAUGACUGUGCAAGAUUAUCUGAUGAAAAAAUUAACAGAUUCAGAUACUGGUAAAACCUGUCUGAUGAAAGCCCUUUUGAACAUCAAUGAGAACACAAAUGAAAUUGUGAAAAUGCUGCUCUCCUUCGGAGAAGAAAAUAGUUUUUUGGAAAGGUUUAUCAACGCAGAGUACACAGAAGAAGCGUACAAAGGCCAGACAGCUCUAAAUAUUGCUAUUGAAAGAAGACAAUACGAUAUUGCUCAGACCCUCAUAGAAAAAGGAGCAGAUGUCAAUGCCCAUUCACAGGGUGUGUUCUUUAACCCCAAACACAAGCAUGAGGGAUUUUAUUUUGGUGAAACUCCGCUGGCAUUAGCUGCAUGUACUAAUCAACCAGAUAUAGUUCAACUGCUGAUGGACAAUAGGAGGACUGAUAUUACCUCACAAGAUUCCCGAGGAAACAAUAUACUGCAUGCAUUAGUCACAGUAGCAGAGGAUUUUAAAACACAAAAUGACUUUGUAAUCCGAAUGUAUGACAUGAUUCUAUUGAAAAGUAAGAGCAGAACUUUAGAGACAAUGAAGAAUAAAGAUGGUUUAACUCCAUUGCAACUAGCUGCAAAAAGUGGAAAAUUAGAGAUUCUGAAAUACAUUCUCAGUAGAGAAAUAAAAGACAAGCCAAAUAGAAGCCUUUCCAGAAAAUUCACAGAUUGGGCUUAUGGUCCUGUUCAGUCUUCUCUUUAUGACCUGACAGAACUAGAUACGACUGCAGACAACUCAUUACUGGAGAUUAUUGUUUAUAACACAAAUAUUGGUAACCGCCAUGAAAUGUUGACUUUAGAGCCCCUGCAUUCACUACUGAGAAUGAAAUGGAAAAAGUUUGCAAGGCACAUGUUCUUUAUGUCAUGUUGGUUUUAUUUCAUAUACAACAUAAUGUUAACGUUAGUUUCCUACUAUAGACCCCGAAGAGAUGAGGCUCCGCCCUACCCAUUAGCUUUGACUCGUAACUUGGGAUGGUUGCAGUUGCUUGCACAAGUGCUUAUUAUGAUAGCAGCAAUAUUUUUAGCCAUAAAAGAGAGUGUAGCCAUCUUUCUGCUAAGACCCUCAGAUCUUCAGUCAAUUCUGUCAGAUGCAUGGUUCCACUUUGCAUUUUUUAUACAAGCGGUGCUUGUGAUCUUCUCUGUCUUCUUGUACUUGUUUUCCUACAAAGAACACCUGGUGUGUCUUGUCUUGGCUAUGGCACUAGGAUGGGCAAAUAUGCUGUACUUUACCAGGGGUUUCCAAUCCAUGGGAAUUUAUAGUGUCAUGAUCCAAAAGGUGAUCUUACAGGAUGUGCUAAAAUUUCUGGUUGUAUACAUUGUGUUUUUGCUGGGAUUUGGCGUAGCUCUUGCUGCAUUGAUUGAUACAUGCCCCAAAGACAGUAAAUGUUAUACCCACAGCAGUUUGGGCGCCGUUCUGAUGGAGCUUUUUAAACUUACCAUAGGACUGGGAGAUCUGGAGAUCCAACAGAAUUCAAAAUAUCCUGUGCUGUUUCUUCUUCUUCUCAUAACUUAUGUAUUAUUGACUUUUGUUCUCCUUCUGAACAUGCUGAUUGCAUUAAUGGGAGAAACAGUGGAAAAUAUUUCUAAAGAGAGUGAACACAUUUGGAGACUCCAGAGAGCCAGGACCAUUUUGGAAUUUGAAAAAAUGUUACCAAAAUAUCUGAAGAAAAAAUUCCAGCUGGGAGAACUGUGUAAAGUGGCUGAAAAUGAUACAAGAGUAUGUUUAAGGAUUAAUGAAGUGAAAUGGACUGAAUGGAAAACACAUGUUUCAUUUAUUAAUGAAGAUCCAGGGCCAACAGGUUACAACAGAAUUCAAGAUACAUCAAGAAGUAAUAGCAAAAACACCCUGAAUACAUUUGAUGAAAUGGACUAUUUGCUAGAAACCACUGUUUAGUUACAUGGUUCUUGAUAUUUGGUUGUUUACGAAGGUUAAGAGAAUGAACAGUGGAUACUGAAAUCCUACAUUUAUAUACUGGACAGCUGCAAGCAGUCCGAGAACAAACUUUCUUUGAUGAUCCAAUGACUUCAACCCACAUAUCAAGAGAGAGAAGCCAAAGGAAAAGGGACUAUUGCAUUUAGCUCUGUUUUAGAAUCACAGAAUUGGAAGGGACCUCGAGAGGUCAUCUAGUCCAGUCCCCUGCACUCAAGGCAGGACUGAGCCUUUUGAACAAAACCUCUGGUGUCAAAGUUUGUGUGAUGGUGUUUAAACAGAGUUCUUUACUUUCUAUUGGUUAAACAAAUCAAACAAAUGUAAUAUACAAUAUUUUUUUUACUUUUGGAGAAAUUCUUCCAAUCUCUUUGAUGUCCGGUACGGUAUUUUCUAUACUGG